UGACAACAACCAUCGACCACAGUGAGGAGGGAAGAAUCAGCAAUGGCUGACGACCAGCAGUGGAAGAUCCCACCCAACGUACAGGAGUUGGCGGCGGCCGGAGCGGAGGAGCCGCCGAGCCGGUACGCGGUCCGCGACCAUGACCGUCCCGCCCUCGCCGGCGCUGGCGGCGACGUCACGGACCCUAUCCCCCUCGUCGACCUCGGCCGCGUCUCCUCCGGCGACGCCGACGAGGCGGCCAAGCUUCGGUCCGCCCUCCAGACAUGGGGCCUCUUCCUGGCCGUCGGGCACGGGAUCGAGCCGGCGCUCCUGGGCGAGAUGCUGGCGGUGACGAGGGAUUUCUUCAACCUCCCGCUGGAAGAGAAGCAGAAGUACACCAACCUAGUCGGCGACAAGAAAGAGUACAGGAUCGAGGGGUACGGCGGCGACAUGGUCCUGUCGGAGACGCAGGUCCUGGACUGGUGCGACCGGUUCUACCUCGUCGUGGACCCGCCGGAGUCGCGGCGCCUCCACGACCUCUGGCCGACGCGGCCCCCCUCGUUCCGGGACGUCCUGCACCGGUACUCCGCGCGGUGCAGGGAGCUCGCCGACGCCGUGCUCCGGGAGGCGGCCCGCGCGGCGGGGCUCCCCGACGAGGGGCGCCUUGCCGACAUGCUGGACGAGAAGGCCGUGACCUACGUCCGGCUCAACUGCUACCCCCCGUGCCCGCGCCCCGACCAAGUGCUCGGGUUCAGGCCCCACUCCGACGGCGGCGUGCUCACCGUCCUCCUCGCCGAGACCGCCGGGCUCCAGGUGCGCCGUGACGUUGACGGCGGAGGCGGCGGCGAGUGGCACGACGUGCCCGUGGUGCCUGGCGCGCUGGUGGUGAACCUCGGGGACGUGGUGGAGGUGGUGAGUAACGGGGUGCUGAGGAGCCCGGUGCACAGGGUGGUGGCGGGCGCGGAGAGGGGGCGGGUGUCGGUGGCGACGUUCUACACGGUGGACCCGGAGCGGGAGGUGGAGCCGGCGCCGGAGCUGGUGAGCGAGGAGAGGCCCAGGCGGUACGGGAAGACCAAGAAGAGCGGCGACUACGUCAGGGAGCUGCUGGAGAGCUUGGCGCGUGGGGAGCGGGCCAUCGACAGGGUGAAGCUCGUCUGAUCGAGCAGCUUUGAUCCAACGGUUCGCUGCAUGCAUGCAUGCGCGGUGGGCUUAUGUGUGUGUGACGCGUGUGCCGUGGAGCAUGGUGGCUACACUACUUUACUUUUUCUUAGGGGCACUUACACUUACUUUAUGUACGGUAAUAAGAUACUCCUCCCUUCGAAAA